CUCUUCCGCUGCCAUCCUGAGGUGAGCAGCCAUAGCGAUUCAGGGAUUGCUGUAAUCUGGCUCCAUCUGGCUCCAUCCUGCUCCGUGGUGCCGCGGGGCACUUGUGAGAGCUGAGCUCCAAGGAUGGUACGCUACUCACUGGAUCCAGAGAACCCUACCAAGUGUGAGUGCUGUGCCAUGCAUGUCCAUGUAGGGCUGCAUGGGGUGGCUGAGUUUUUGUUUCAUACGUUUUUGUUUUUUCUUUGUACAGCAUGCAAGUCCAGGGGCUCCAACCUGCGUGUGCACUUCAAGAACACUCGUGAGACUGCCCAGGCCAUCAAGGGCAUGCACAUCCGCAAGGCCACCAAGUACCUGAAGGAUGUGACCUUGAAGAAGCAGUGUGUUCCCUUCCGUCGCUACAAUGGAGGAGUUGGUCGAUGUGCCCAGGCCAAGCAAUGGGGCUGGACACAGGGACGCUGGCCCAAGAAAAGUGCAGAGUUCUUGCUGCACAUGCUCAAAAAUGCAGAGAGCAAUGCUGAGCUUAAGGGUCUCGAUGUGGAUUCUCUGGUGAUUGAGCACAUCCAGGUGAACAAGGCUCCCAAAAUGCGCCGGCGCACCUACAGAGCUCAUGGGAGAAUCAACCCCUACAUGAGCUCCCCCUGCCACAUUGAGAUGAUCCUCACCGAAAAGGAGCAAAUUGUACCCAAGCCAGAGGAAGAAGUUGCUCAAAAGAAAAAGAUAUCCCAGAAGAAGCUGAAGAAGCAAAAGCUGAUGGCUCGGGAGUAAAUCUGACACAACAGAUGUACAUAAAUAAAGUUUAAAAAAAACACUUUAA